AUGACCAUGCUUUUCAAAGUUUCGCUAUCACUUGUUCUCUUGAACACUGGUCUAGUUGCCUCAGACUACCUCAUUCCGACGUAUCCAGGCCCGGCUGAUCUAAACAGUAAUUCAAGCUCUGUCUUGAAAGCUUGGCAUAAUAUCACCUCGGAUUUUGAUAAACUUCCACGUGUAGGCCACUUGCAUCAGCCUGAACCUGUUUCUGGAAUCGACAACAUCACAUUUUCCAUUGGACUCUUCUCGCUCAAUGAUCCUCGGGCAAUUCAACUCCAAUACCACCAUACGUCUCCUGAAACAAGUACUGCCGAGCAUGGAACUCGAGAAGUAGACGCUCACAGUAUAUACCGCAUAGCAUCUGUUUCCAAGUUAAUCACAGUUCUUUCUGGUAUGAUUGAGUUGACUGAGGAUGAUUGGAACCGUCCUCUGUCCCAAAUAAUCCCAUAUUUCGUUCAAGAUCGUGUGAGAAGAGUUGCUGUCCCAAAUUCUACUCGGAAGAUUCAAUGGGAUAAAGUGACGCUCUGGUCCCUUGCCACACAGCUCAGUGGUAUCCCCACAAUUGCACUCCCUAUUGGCGAUCUCUAUAGUCCUCAAGCUACCGCAGAAUGGGGUGCUCCGGAGGUCAAUAUCAGUGCUUGGAGCGCCUGCGAAGUGAGGUAUCUGGCAGAUCAGAACGACCAGUACUGCUCCGCCGAGGAGACCAUUGCUCUUAUCGAUGGCCUGCUCCCAAACUUUCUCCCUUGGAGUACGCCGGUAUACUCAGACCUAAAUUUCAUGCUCCUUGGAGUUGCUCUGUCAAAUCUGACCGGAAAAUCAAUUUCAACCAUAUACCGCUCUUCAGUGUUCAAUCCUCUCGACAUGAAAUCGACCAUCGAUUCACAUCCCACUGACAGCGCUGAAAUCGCUCGUUCAGUCAUUGUGGGAGCACCAGAAGCAAAUUUUGCCGCCGAGCCCGUCAUCACCACUCCAUCAGGAGGUAUUUUAUCAACCAUCAGCGAUCUCCAGAAGCUAGGAUUGGGUAUUCUCAACAGCACGCUUCUCCCUCCAGGAGUCACUCGAAAAUGGAUGAUGCCCGUGUCGCAUACUUCAAGCUUAAGCUAUUCAAUUGGUGCCCCUUGGGAGAUACAUCGUUUCGUACACCCAGGUUCAGGAAAAGUGACAGACCUGUAUACAAAACUUGGCGACUCGGGAUUUUAUGGCGGUUCUCUGGUUCUGGUACCCGAAUACGAAACUGGUUUCGCAUUUCUCAACGCGGGAACGGAUGGAAACCGCACAACAAAGGCCUUUAAAGUCUUGGAUCAUGUCACUAGCAACAUACUACCCGCGCUGGAACGUCAGGCCGUCAUGGAGGCGAAGAAAAACUUUGUUGGAUCUUAUAAAUUUUCCAGUGAAAAUUUCAGUGUCACGCUUGAAGUCGCCUUCAAUGCAUCUACUUUCCCCGAAGUCAACUCAAAUCUCGUGCUUACGAAGUGGAAUUAUAAUGGUACGAAUGUUCUCACAGGGCCAUUCUUCAAGGGUCAACAAUUGCGACUCGAGCAGUCGAUACCUGGACGUGCUAAUUCAACAUCUGUCGGCACGGUUGCAUUCCAAUUAUCAGCGAACGCCCAGACCUCGACUUACCAGGAUGCAAUGAAAAUACCAGAAAGUAGCGUCUACGGUCCUUGGACUGGAUUCUAUCUUUCGAAUGGGGAUUUUGCGUUCACUGAUAACAGACGGUGGGCCGGGUUUCCCGCAAGCACACUCUUAUUUGAUAUUGAUGCAAAGGGAAAAGCAAUAACUUGUACUCUUCCGGCUGAUCGAGUGACCUUGAAAAGAGUUUGA